UCAGCUGACACUGAACUGUCUGAUGUUAGCUUGGUGAGAGUGAUGGCCACAGUUUCGCAGGCACCCAAGCUCGAGCAUAAAAAUGCUUACUAUUUAUAGGUUAUCGACCAAGCUGAAGAAACAUUCGUACGAUCUGUGCUCGAAAUUAUCGAAAUUAGUUGCGCUGCGAGAAACUCACGUGAACGGAGGAGUGAUGCAUCGGGUCACCUUAAAUGGCCAUUCUGGGACCAGCGAAGACGGUGUCCAGCGAAACAAGUACGCUGAUUAUGUGAAAUUCCUAGAGCUUGUUGGUAACUUGAAGCAUAUUAAGCGGACUGGAUGGGUGCUUCGAAAUGUAAAAGACUGUGAGACCAUUUCUGGUCAUAUGUACCGAAUGGGAAUGAUGUCGUUCUUAUUAGACGGCCAGCAAGGAUUGGAUAGGAUACAUGUCAUGGAAUUGGCCUUGGUUCAUGACCUUGCUGAGAGUAUUGUUGGCGACAUUACGCCUUACUGCGGAAUCUCUAGAGAAGAGAAGUUGCUGAAAGAGUUCUCAGCAAUGACGGAAAUUGCUGAACUUCUUGGACCCUCAAAGGAUAAGCUGCUCGAGCUGUUCAAUGAAUACGAGGAGGGCAAAACGCCGGAAGCCAAGUUCGUAAAGGAUCUGGAUCGUCUCGAUAUGGUGAUGCAAGCAUUUGAGUACGAAAAGCGCGACAACUGUCCAAUGAAGCACCAGGAAUUUUUCGAUUCCACCAAGGGAAAGUUUUCCCAUCCACUUGUGAUCAAUAUCGUGAAUGAAAUCAACGCUCAAAGGGAGAGAUUUGCUGAAGCCAGCAACGAUGGUGCGGCGGAUAAUUCAUCGCCAUCGCGCGAAGCCGCAGCAAGCGGAGGAUCGAGAUGAUUCUGGAGGUGGCGAUUCAUCCGCAUCAGAAGCUGAAGAGCUUUCGAGCGUUUCUUGCGUUGCGAUAAAAUACGAGUUUUAUUAGAUGUGAUCUCAUCAUUGCUUAUUCAGGUACGGGGUUUCACGGAAUAGCUAAUAGAUGCGAGCUAGUCAAAUUGGAAAGCGCCGGGAACUUACUUAAAUAUGAUUUAUUUAUUAUGACGUUCUUUAGACUAUUUAUUAGCCCCUUCAAUGAUCCCUUUUUAAGUGUUGUGAGAAAUGGUAAUGGUGUACAUUUCAGGGACAUAAAUAUGUAUUGAUCAACUGGUAGUAUUUGCAAAACAAGCUUAAUACAAAUUAGUUAGAAUCUAUCCCUAAAA